AUGUGGAAAAAUUCUUACGAUAAAAAUUAUACAAAUGAAUCUAAUAUUUUAGAGUAUAAUCAAAAUUUUCAAACAAAUUCUAAACUAAUACAUCUUUUUGCUGACGAAUAUGAUCCUAGACAAGAUGUGUUUGAUCAAGUAAUCAAUGCGCUUGUUCCUAUACUGAUAGUUUUUUUAUUUGGCACGAAAGGAUCAGAAGAUAAGGAAGAACCGGAACGAUCAACCGAGGCAAAUUCGAUAAACUCAAAAGGUUCAGACGAAGAAAAGGCAGAACUCAAGUUAACGGUCAAACAAACCUUUAAAAUAGUAACAUCCAAACUAACCUUUAAAGGAGUUUUCGAAGACCUUCUUUAUCUUUCAUCAUUAUACAUUCUACCAAGUAUAGUAUUUUAUAAAAACCACGAAAAAUUCGCAAUUCCCCUCUGGAUUCCAAUCCUUUCUGUAGUUACAACUGGCGUUGUUAUCAUUUUAGUUGUAUUAUCUCUUUAUAAUUUUCUUGCAGCUUCAUCUUACUCAAUGUUAAAAGAGUUCAUAUUUGAUUUUCUUGUUCAUAUAUUUGCAAUCAUUAAUGAAAUUUGUUUCAUAUUUUACACCAAUAAUACCCCUGCGAAUAAUAUAAAUUUAGAUUAAAUAGAAAUGAUCGUUAUAGGAAAUUUGUUAGUUUAGUUUAUAAAGUAAAAAUCAUAGAGGCUCCGAUAGUCCAAAUGUUAAACAUUGCACUCCUUUCCGGCAAUGACUAUUAUUGGACGAAAUCAAUAUUAGCAAUAAAUAUAAUUUUCCUCUCAAGGGUUGCAGAUUGUAUUAGAGAACCAAGUAUUGAUGAACGAAAUCCCAGCUAUAUAAGUGUUUCGAUUUACAUGGCCUUUAAAUAUGUAUAAUAGUUUCUCUCUUUUCAGUUUGUAUAUUUUAAUCAUCAUUGUUAUUUAUUGUAGUUUUAUGAUAAUACUAAAUAUGAGAUAUAUUGAUAUUAUUCUGGAAGUUAAGCAUUUU